AUGGAUCAUCGCCGCUGCCAUCACCACGCCGGAGAAUUCGUGGCGGACGUGGUGCUGUGGCGCCGAGGCCGGGCCGACCUUAGCGCGCUGCUGCUGGCGGCCGCCGUCGCCUCCUGGAUCCUCUUCUUCCACGGCGCCUCGGGUUACACGGCCGUGUCGCUGGCCGCCGACGUGCUGCUCCUGCUGCUGGCGGUGCUGUACGCGUGGUCCAGGGCCGCGCGCCUCCUCGGCCGCCCCGCCCCGCCCAUCCCGGACCUGCAGCCGGCGGCGGAGGAGCUCGCCGCGCUGGUCCGCUCCGGCCUCGCCGGCCUCGCCUCCGCCUUCCGCCGCGUCGCGCAGGGCCAGCCCGGCUCCGGGCGCGUCUUCGCCUGCCUCGCCGCCGCCGCCCUGCUCGGCCGCGUCGCGCGCGACCUCCCCACCCUCUGCUACGCAGUUGUGGUGGGCGGGCUGACGAUCCCGGCGGUGUACCAGAGGUUGAGCAUGGAGAGGUACAUGAGGCUGGCGUCGCUCAACCUCUACAGAUACGAGGUCUUGUACCAGAGCUUCUCCCUCACCUGCUACCUCAGCGCCAGGGACUACCUCGUCGAGCUGCUCAAGGAACCAUGA